AUGAGCAAUCAUCAGCCGCAACCACGAUGGAAUAAAAUAAAAAAUCUCGCUAUCGACGACAAUAAUGUUUACAUUGGAUUUCAUCGCACAAAAGCUGAAGACGGUAUAUCAAUCGCGCACAGUGAAUUUAAAAUUAGUCAAAAAAAAGGUAGGACAAUGCUUGGACAUGGUGUAUAUUUCGCCCGUUCGAUCGAUAUGACGAUGAUUAAAGCAGUACAUAAAGCGGCGGGCGCCAUCAUUUGUGCCGAAAUUCGAAUGGGUUAUGUGAAAGAAGUGGAAAGAACACAAGUAAGUGAAGUGAUUAAUUCAAGGAGUUGGUACUGUUUAAUCCACACUUACGCAAUCUUUGUUUCUGAAUCUAAGCGCUACUAAUACUGUUUAAGACCGUUUUCAACCAUGUAAUUGAACCACUAUUGUCUGGAAACUGAAUAUGGGUAUGUCAUACUAGGAUGAAUAUGACACCGUCUAUUUAAAUCAUGAUGAAGAAGAAAAAGAUGAAUUUUGUAUCAAAGAUCCGUCUCAAAUUUUGAGAUGGGUGAUUGUUAUAGAGCGUGAUGAAGACAGUAAGGUUGAA